UUUUUAUUUUUUAUUUUAUUUUAUUUUAUUUUUACCGUUUUUGGUGUGUAUUACCAGCACCGAAAAGCAAAAGCUGUAAAAAUCAUACUAUUUGCGUAGGCACCCCCACAUGGGUGAUUGGCGACUAGCACCGGAAAUUAUUUCCAAUGUGGAAAACGUGAAAUGUCUCUGGGCUAGGGCUAAGAACCGUCGCAUUGUUAUUUAAAACGAGAGGCAAGUUGUACCUUUGAAACACAAGUUGUAACUUCCCAUACAUAAGCAAAAUGAGAAGGUUGUUAAUGAUGUUGGGACUAUACGUCCUAGUGUUGUCCCCAUUUCCAGUUGCGUUAUCGGAGCGGUGCCACCCACAAGACAAGAAGGUGCUCCUCCGCUUCAAAAAGGAACUCAACAACCCUUACUUCUUAGCUUCUUGGGACCCAAAAGAGGAUUGCUGUGACUGGUACUGUGUUAAGUGUGACGACAGAAAUAAUCGUAUCUACACCAUAUUUCUAAAAUCCGAUGAGCCAGACCCCAAUGUCACCGGCCAAAUACCACCCUCUGUGGGUGACCUCCCUUACCUCCGGGGCCUCAACUUCCACAACCUCCCCAACCUAGUCGGCCCAAUUCAGCCCACCCUCGCCAAACUCCACAAACUAGAAGGUAUCUUUUUCUCCAAUACUGGUAUCUCAGGCCCAAUACCUGAAUUUCUGGCCCAUAUUAAGACCCUCCAGUAUAUCGAACUUUCCUCUAACAGACUGUCGGGCCCCAUUCCCAGCUCACUUUCCCAACUGCCUAAUCUCAUCUCUCUCCAGCUGGACAGGAACAAAUUGACGGGCACAAUCCCGGCCUCUUUUGGAUCCUUCAAGAAGCCCGGGCCAGAUCUCAUCCUCUCUCACAACCAACUUUCCGGGCCCAUUCCCACUUCCUUGGGCAACCUAGACCCAGACAGGAUAGACUUGUCAGGGAACAACUUCGUAGGCGAUGCUUCAUUUCUUAUCGGGAGCAAGAAAAAGAUUCGCGUAUUUGACCUUUCCAGGAACGCCUUCUCCUUUGAUCUGUCUCGUUUGACGUUUCCCAAGGAAACCUUAACUUGGUUGGAUAUCAGUCACAAUAACAUUUAUGGCAGCAUUCCAACGGCGUUGACCAAAGUGCGAUAUUUCCAGCAAUUGAACUUCAGUUUUAAUCCUGGCUUGAAGGGUCAAAUACCGCAGGGUGGGGGAUUGCAAACAUUCGAUAAAUAUUCCUAUUUUCACACUAACUUGUGUGGCUCUCCACUUCCGCCCUGCACUAAAUAGAUUAACAGAUUACUUCCACUUUCAAUAAAAUAAGUUUUCUGUUUGAGCUUUUCAGGAUAUAUAAUGAUGGUGUUCACUGUUGAGAAAUUAAACUGUGUUUCUCGUAGUAAUUUUAUUCUUCUUAGUAAGAUUAUCUUCUAUAGAAGAUAUUUAUAGUUAAUAGUUUUAUACAAAGGUUUAGGGGAUAGAGAGAAAAAACUAACUGAAAAAGAAAACGUUUGGAAUAUUAGUUACUAUUGUCGGUGAAUGAAGAGUGACAAUGAUUCUAAUGGGUAAGCAUCAUUAACCAAGUUGAGAGGU